AUGGAGAAUCCUUCAUCACUCUUCUCUCCAGAAAACGCACACUUCUUCCAGCCUCUUCUUCCUGGUUUCAAGAGCCACAUCAAAAUCCCUGUGAAGUUCUUCUCCAAGCACAUCAAGGGAAAGCACGAGGGCAAGACUGUAAAAUUGAGAUCAGAUUCUUGGCAGGGAACAUGGAAAGUUAAGAUGGAAGGCCAUACGCUCACCAACGGUUGGAAAGAGUUCGUGGAGGCACAUGAUCUUCGAGUCGGUGAUUUCGUCGUCUUUAAGCACGAAAGAGACAUGUUGUUCCACGUCACUGCGUUUGAACCUAGUUGCUGUGAGGUCCAAUACGCACAGUCUCUUAGCCACAACGAAAUUGGGGAAUCUUCAAGAAAGGAGAAAGAAGUUGAGGAGAAUGUGAAAACAGAAUCUGAUCUGUUUUCAUCAGAUCUCACAUGUUUUAGCCAAACUGUGACGGCUUCAAACCUAUCAAGAGACUUCUUGGGUGUGCCCAGAGAUUUCGCAAGGCGAUACGGUUUAGACAAAGGAAGGCAUGAAGUAGUUUUGAUGAACGAAGAAGGGAAGUCUUGGGAAUCAGAAGUAAAAAGUUACAAGUCUGGUCAGGUUUUUAUCUUUGGAGGUUGGAAAAGUCUCUGCACCGAAAAUAAAUUAAAAGUUGGAGAGCCUUUCACAUUUAAACUGCUCCACAACGCGGAAAGGCUUGUGUUUCUGCUCUGCAGCCGCACACCACCAUCUGAAGCAGAGGCUCGGCCAUACAAGAGAGCUCGAGUCCAAAGGUGGAGUCAGGAGAGUAGAAGACUGAAGCAUGACGUGAGGCAGAAGAUAGCAGAAGUAGGAGAACCUUCUCGUCGCACUCGGUCGUGUAACAAGUCUACUGGUGAUCAAGGAAAGCUGCAGCACACGCAGUUUUGCUCUAUCUUAGAUCAUGUCCCUAAGGUGAGACAGAGCAUUGAGAAAACAGGAAAGCUUCCGAGAAAAAAACACGUGAAGAAGAGGAUUCCUGAAGCAAAAGCAAAGUCUUUUUCAUCAGACCCGUCUUGUUUCGUUGCACUUGUAUCAGAUUCGAACCUAAGAAACGAUACAAGGUUUCUUCCAAAAAGGUUUUCCGGUAGUCUGACUGAAGGAAGUAUCCAGAUUGUUCUAAUGGAUGAAGGAAUGGUUGAAGGAGUAAAGACAUGGACGCUAGUUCUGAAGUUUAGAAACUCAAGUGGAACGUUUUACAUGAGGGAUGGCUGGAGAAGUUUCUGCUAUGAAAAUGAGCUUAAACCUGAUGAUACCGUCACGUUUAAACUAGAGAGCAAAACCAAGGAAACGCCUAUUCUUCGUUUCUCCACUGCAGAACUUAAGAGUGUUUCCACUAAAGAUUGCAACAAAAGAAAGAGAAACAAAUCUGGUGACAGUAGUAGUCAAAAACAUCUUCCAGUGAACUUCAUUAAGGUUAACGGAAUGGAAAACCUAGAAAGGAAGAAGAUGACUCUGUUGGACAAGCAUGGAAAAGAGUGGCCAGUGAAUUUAGUCAUGGAAAAGGGAAAUACACAGACGCGUUUGGGUUUAGGGUUAAAAGAAUUUUUCAAGGCUAAUGGCAUUAAGGCAAAUGAAUCUUUAGUGUUUGAGUUGGUUUGGGAAGACAAGACAACUCUUCCAAUACUUCAACUCUGCUCCAAUACCAAGACUUGCCCUGUUAUAGUGAACUCGUAACCUAAGCAGUAUGAA